AUGCCUCUCCACAAGAGAUGGUACAACUACAAGUACUGUCUGUCUCUACUCUCUUCGACUCUGCUACUGCUCCGUCCCAUUCAUGGCUUUGUUCCUCCUCAUCCGGCAUCCGAGCUGUCCGAACAAUGGGAGUCGGUGCACCAGUGGCGUCGGCGGAUGCAGCAACCCUUUCACUACACGCCACAGUUUGUCCAUCCCGAACUCUGUCGAUAUAUGAACGAAACCGAAUGUCAAGAUGUCGAUCUUACAUUGCAGGACCAUGCCAAGAGACAUCGGAGUUUGUUGUCGACAUCGACAACGCCCAAAGACGACAACGACUUUGAGGACCACAAUGGCUUGACGCAUCAAUACACAACCAGAGCUCGAAACGGCAAUCUCCGAUCGGCACCGCCCAAACGAAAUCCCCAUUCCAUUGGCCCCGACGAACCCGUCAUUGAAGUUCUGGUCAUUCUCAUGAGAUUUCAAGAUCAUGUCAAUCGAACCUUGCCCACGAAACGGACUCUGGAAAAUCUCUGGAAUGACCGCAUUCAUCAAUGGUUCGACUUGAACUCGUACGGGCACUAUCGCUACCAUGCCACUGUCACGGACUGGAUGGAUACCGAUGACACGGAAGAGUCGUAUGCCGGUGGUGUCAGUGGCCUGCGACAUUCGUUGCAGCAUUCCUUUUGGCCCCUAUUAGAUACACUCCAUGAAACGAAGGAUUGGGACUGGGCCCAGUUUGACCGCAAUCAAGAUGGUAAACUCGAUGCCGUCGUCAUUUUGCAUUCGGGAUAUCCCGCCGAAUUGGGAGGAUGGGAUUGUACCAAUCAACGGCCGGUCAAGGACCGGAUCUGGAGUCAUGCCUUUGCCAGUUCCUUUAGUUGGACCACACAAGGCAUCAUGGGACCCGCCGAAUUCAAUGACACGUACUGGGAGCAGCAACUGCACUCGCAGCAACAACCACAACCAAUGGCAGCCAGUGCUAGUAGUGCCGCAGCGGCUCCCCCAGUCGACGAAGCACCCAUCUAUGGGCUUCAUGGAUAUCUCGUAGCAUCGGCACUCGAUGGAAACUGUGGUGCCGAACCAGCUAAAAUGGGUGUGGCCGUGCACGAGUACAUGCACACGUUGGGAUUGGACGAUGUCUACGACUAUGCAGUCGAUAGUCCCGGGAAGGGCAUUGGGAUUUGGGAUCUAAUGGCGUAUCCUUUUGGACCUGAAAAUGACGAAGAUUUCCCGGGACAUUUAAGCGCCUACAGCAAAGUCUCGCUGGGAUGGUUGACGCCCACGGAAUGGAACCGGGAACAAGGGGAUACCACCAUUACGCUGGAACCUGCCGAAAUCAGCAAUGGGGCCAUCAAGAUUUCUCUCACUAAUGUGACUGCGCUACCCUCGGAUGUCGUUACCCGACUCAUGCCACAAUAUCAGAACCACAACCGACAAUACGAAGAGUAUCUGUUGAUUGAGUUUCGACAGGCACUGGAAUUCGACAGGGACCUCAAUGACAAGGUGGGAUUGGUUGUGUACCACGUUGACGAAGCCGUGCCACGCAUGAACAACCGUGGCUACCCUCAACAGGAUGGCUGGCCUCGGAAUGGAAACCACUAUCGUGUGUCUGUCCUUGCGGCAGAUGGGUUGUAUCAUUUAGAACGAGGCAUCAACAAGGGCGACCCUAGCGAUACGUGGAAGCCCGGGGUUGUUCUCGGUCCUGGUUCUGACACCGCUUUUACCCACAUCACAGCGAAAACAUUCGCAGGAGGAAAGGAAGAGGAGACUCAAGGAAGAAGCAGUAGUGGGGACGAUGGGGACGACACGGAUUCUCGACAAGGUGGCGUCACGUAUCCCAACACUGACACGUACCAAUUUGGAAUUGUGCGUGAGACAGGGAUUCACAUUGAGAACGUGAACGAAUCACCGAGAGCCGUUACAGUCAAGCUUUCAUGGAAGCCCUCUGUUGUGGAAACCGAGCAGCAACCAACUGGCUUUGAGGCAGACAGCAGCUGUCGGAACAUGUGGGAUUGGGUUGAUCUAGAAGUGGAGUUGCCAGAUGGCCAACUGACAGUGGAGUCGCUGCACUGUUCUAUAGUUGCGGAGGAUACUGAUUACUACUGCAGCAAACAUGACUUUUCCUGGGGAUGGCAGGUUUGGGAGAUCUGUCGCAGCGAGUGCCCUAAUUCUGACUGCUACGUGAUUAUGCCGUGA